AUGGCUGCUGUCGGCCAACAAUAUGCCUUCAUUUCAACAAGUAGGGCUGCAUUUGCAGAGCAAACGGUGAAGAUGUGGAUAGAUGGACGACCUGUUGAGUCCAAAACCAAUGACUGGAUUGAUCUAACUAAUCCAGCCACAAAUGAGGUCAUCGGUAAAGUUCCAAAAUGCACACAAUCAGAAAUGGAGACUGCUGUGGCGUCCUGUCAGAAGGCUUUCAACUCUUGGAAGAACACUUCUCCUUUAAUGCGCCAACAGACACUGUUCCGUCUCCAAGCACUCAUCAGGCGUGAUCAGAAGAAACUCGCAGAGAACAUCGUGCUAGAACAAGGAAAGAAUAUGUCCGAUUCCGAAAGAGACGUAGCCAGAGGUAUUCAGACGGUCGAACAUGCCUGCUCAACGCCAUCCCUCAUGCUUGGAGAGACCCUUCCAAAUGUAUCACGUGAUAUGGAUACAUACUCAAUCCGUAUGCCAUUGGGAGUUGUUGGUGGUAUUUGUCCAUUCAACUUCCCGGUUAUGGUCACCUUGUGGAUGUUCCCCCUCGCAAUUGCUACUGGUAACACCAUGGUGAUAAAGCCAUCAGAACAAGAUCCUGGAGCGACUUUGAUGCUUAUGGAACUGGCCAAGGAGGCUGGAAUUCCUGACGGAGUCAUCAACGUGAUCCAUGGUAUGCAUGACACCGUGAAUUUCAUCUGCGACCAUCCUGAUAUUAAGGCGAUCUCUUUCGUUGGAGGCGAUAAUGCGGGUAAAUACAUCUAUGAGCGUGGAGCUAAAAAUGGAAAGCGUAUCCAGGCCAACAUGGGAGCUAAGUGCCACGGAGUGGUCAUGCCAGACUGUAACAAAGAACAAACAAUCAACCAGGUAAUAUCUGGUGCGUUCGGAAUGGCAGGACAACGGUGUAUGGCAUUGACGACGGCGAUCUUAGUUGGGGAGGCUCGCUCUUGGGUUCCCGAGAUCGUCGAGAAAGCCAAAAAGCUAGUUGUCGGCCCAGGAUGGAAGCCAGAAACGGAUAUUGGUCCUUUAAUUUCAAAGGCUGCAAAGGAUCGCGCCGUUGCUCUCAUCAAGAGUGCAAAGCAGGAAGGGGCCAACAUCGUACUUGAUGGAAGCGAUUACGUCUGCCCAGGUUUCGAAAAUGGUAACUUUGUUGGAACGACAGUCAUCGCACAAGCCAAAACAAACAUGAAGUGCUAUCAGGAAGAAAUUUUCGGUCCCGUUCUUGUUCUCAUAGAUGCCGAUAACCUGGAUGAAGCCAUUGAUAUCAUCAACAAAAAUAAAUACGGAAACGGAGCAGUCAUCUUCACAUCAAACGGCGCUGCCGCCAGGAGAUUCGUCAACGAAGCAGACAAUGGCCAAAUUGGUGUGAACGUUCCCGUCCCAAUCCCUCUACCCGUGUUUUCAUUCACUGGAUCACGUGGAUCAUUCAGAGGUGACCUGAACUACUACGGAAAAGCCGGAGUUCACUUCUACACGCAAUGCAAGACCGUCACGCAGUACUGGAAUCACGAUAUAGCAGAGGCGAGGCCGCACGAGAGUCUUUCACAUCACCACCACUGA